CGACUUUGCUCGCCUUGUGGCAUACUUUCCAUUAUUAAUAGAUUUUCUCAUCUUGAUGGCAACAAUACAAGCUUGCCAGAUCGACUAUGGCAGCUCAUCGAAGACGACCGCAGACUACCAAACUGGCGAACGUCCAGGAAGUCACCGUCGCCACUAAAAUGAUGGAGGCUACCGCUGCGAAGGACCUCAUUGAAGACCACCUUCCGCCUUUGGGUCUCGUGUACACCGUACUCAUCUGCUCCGGUACGAUGUUUGUCCUGUGUAUGCGAGAUUUUCUUGCAACAGGCCGUUCAAUUGGUGGUUCUUGGGACGAGGCUAUGAUGGCCUUCACCAAGUCAAUGGAUUGGUUUGACGACUCGAAGGGAUGGAAAUCUCAGCAAGGAGGUCUCAGUGCGAUCCGCCAAGCCACAACCGAUGCGAACAAUAUGGGGGGUUUCUUUGUUCGCAAAAUGGCUGGGGCUGCUGGGCUAGCUGUCCACUUGCAAAAAAUUCUUCCCUUGCUCGUACAUCCAAAAGGUGCUCAGUGGACCAUGGGCCACUUUCGCCCCCUCCUCUCAACCGCUGUAAUCACCAAUCUGGGAAUUGCUACUCUAUAUGCAGUUUAUUUGGGCGAACUACAGGCCUCUGGUGCCAAGGAGAUGACCUACUGUAUACUCGCAAUUCUUGUCAUCGAGGCGAUUGUUAUGGCCUUCUAUUUGACCACAGCGAAGCCUCUUAAGCAGGGACCAUCUAUUUCGAUGACUGAAGGGAAGACGCCGUCUUCUGUUCCGAGCCGGAUUGUGACACGCACCAUAAUGAUCGUCUCGGCUUCCAUGGCUGUGAUUUCUGGACGCGACCUGCUCUUCCCCGGCUUUAUUUUCGAGUUUAUCCCCCGUGAUGAUAUUUACUUGGAGUGGACUAACGCUUUCUUACAUUCGCCGCCCAAAGGAUCUCCUGAAUCCUUGCACCGGAGCAUGGAGGCGCCUCUGUACGUGGGCGACAAAUUCAUUUCACAGCUCAUGGGGCUACAUGUUUUAGUCGCCUGCAUUUACAAAGCCGUUUCGGCUGCUGGCAUCCGGUACGGAAGCGAUGGCGGGGGUUUGAUAAAAGCAAAAAUAAUUUGGAGGGGACAAUUUUUUGGCGAUGGCAUUAUCCUUUUUACUUUCCGCCUCUUUGCUUCGGCUGCCUCAACCGCGAGUCUUGAUUUUCGAUGGCAUGUGAUGGCGAUUGCAUAUGAAACGUUUAUUCUCGCUGUGAUGACGGAGGGUCCGUUUGGCCCGGCUGCUGACAUUGGUGUCGGAUUUUCAGACGUGGCGCUGCUUGUUGCUUCGGUAACAGGCUUUUGUUGCUUGGCUGUUGGCGUCUAUGCUAUAGUGUUGGUUCGUUUGAAAUCCAGAGCCGAUAUGCAGAAAAGUGAAGGUGAGGACGGGUACGACGAGCAGCUGGCGAAUGCCGACGCCGCAACUCUCAAUAGAGCCCAACGUCGUGCUCGUGCGCGAGCCACUAUGAAGAUGCAACGACGGAUUGCACCAAUUGUGCCAGGUCAAAGGGAUAACAUUCAGGCAAUUGGUGCUGUUGGUGAAGAGGGUGAAGGAGAGUCAAUCAGGCACCUUUCGCGGAAAGAGCGCCAAAAAGCUGCGAAGCUGGUAGAGAAAGAUGAACGACGAUUAUUCGAGGAAGAACGAAGGAAGCAGCAUUUAGAAUUGCAAGACGCGACAAAGCGACUCAAGGAAGAAAAGGAAAUUCUGGAUGAACGCCGUCGUGACGAGGAAAAAAUUGCUAAAAACGCUGUAGAAGAGGAGCAACGAAACAGAAUUGAAGACGAGUGGCUCACGUUUUUGACGUGUUCGGAACGAAAAGAGACGGUUAAUGAAUGGGUACGUGAGAUAAAAGCAAGCAGAUCAGUUGCACUUGAUAUCAUUGCAAAGGACUUUGGUGUUUCGCAAACGGUUGUCAAAAAUCGAAUUCAGGAACUAAUUGAAGAGAGGAGAGUCGCUGGAAUCAUUUCAAACGAUGGUCGAUUUAUACAUCUGUCUGACAACGAACUUCAUAAAAUCGCCGCGCGACUGAGAAAGCUUGGCAGUUUUUCAAUGAAGGACAUAGCUGCGAUGAGGAAAGCCGUAGCAAGCGAAUGA